AUGGUUGUUCCAGAACAAAACCAGAACCAGAAACAAUCCCAGACCCAGAGUCAACAACAAACAGCCACAACCACCAACCAACAACCCCAGCAGCCUCAACAACCAGCUACCAAAGGAAACAACAACAACAGCAGCAGCAAUAAUAAUAAUAAUCCGAUAGCCAAGGGCAUUGGCACAAACAUCAUCGGGGGCCUAGCUACAAAGGGCAGAUAUGUCCCGCUCGACCAGAAAGUUUCAGAUAGCGCGUGGGGGAUCGUACAUUUAUAUCGUGAUGUAGCGGAAACUUCUACCCUUUACAGGGAUGACGAUGACCCGUCGUUUCUGAAAGGGUCAGCGCUCACGCGGAGUGCGAUGCUUGACAGCCAUUCCAGCAACAAUGUUGGCAGGAAAUAUGGCGUUGCUGAUAACGAAAACGCUGGGUCUAGAGGAUCCGGGUCUUCAGCAGUAGCAGACUCGGCGGCCCAUUCCACGGAGGAUUGUACCACUUUGUGCAUACUCGCGGUCCCGUCGUAUAUGUCUCCGUCGGACUUUUUAGGGUUUGUGGGCGACCAGACGAGGGAUGAGCCUGAAACGUGUCAUGUCGUAUUUGUGAAAACCGUCGAGAUUCAGGUCGAAGCACCGGGGACAGAGAGCAAGUUUCCGGAUAUGAAUAAUGACCCCUUUACGCCCGCAACAACGAAUCAGGGCCUAGUACCCUCAGCAUCCCCCCCUCCUCAAUCGAGUACGCUUUCUUCAACUUCACUGUCUACGAAACCAUUGGCGCCUCCAACGCCCUCGCUGAUAGAGUUACCGACAUGCCCCGUCUGCCUAGAGCGCAUGGAUGAGACGACAGGCUUGCUUACGAUCAUUUGCCAGCAUGUUUUCCACUGUACAUGCCUGCAGAAGUGGAAAGGCAGCGGAUGUCCUGUUUGCCGGUAUACGCAGGACGAAUUCAGCAAGAGGGCAGCUCAUGCCUUUGAUUUCGAUCAGGGCCCCGCAGAGUGUCAUGUGUGCCAUUCCGAGGUGAAUCUGUGGUUAUGCUUGAUAUGCGGCAACAUUGGCUGCGGCCGCUAUGACGAAGCUCAUGCCUUUGCUCACUUCAAGGACACUUCCCACGCAUUUGCCAUGGACCUUGCUUCUCAACGUGUCUGGGACUACGUGGGCGACGGCUACGUGCACCGGAUCAUUCAAAACAAGUCCGACGGCAAACUUGUCGAGUUGCCCGCGGCGGGAGAGAGUGCGCUUGACCCGCCAGACUGGGCCGACGCGGUUCCCCGCGAGAAGCUGGAGAACAUGAGUGUGGAAUAUACACACCUGCUCACGAGCCAGUUGGAGAGUCAACGGACCUAUUUUGAAGAAGUCGUCGAGCGCGCGGCUGACAAAGCAUCAGUCGCGAACGCAGCUGCCACCGCUGCCCAAGAGGCUGCGGAAACGGCAACGAAGAACCUCGCUGCGAUACAGGCGCAGUAUGACACGCUUCUCAAGGAGACGAUCCCGAAUCUCGAGCGCGACAAGGGUCGUGCGGAGCGGCGGGCGGAGAAGUUUGAGACCAUGGCGCAUCGGAUGGAGAAGGAGUGGCGCGAGGAGAAGGCUUUGAAUGGCAGCCUGCUGGAGAAGGUGGAGUUUUUGAAUGGGGAGGUGCAGAAGUUGACGGUUGCGAAUGAGGAUUUGCGGGAACAGAAUCGCGAUUUGAGCUUUUUUAUUAGUGGUGCGGAGAGGCUGAGGGAUCAGGGGGAGGAUGUGGUUGAGGGGACAAUUUUUUCUAUCCAACUCGAUCCCGGUACGUCCGAUAAUUACGGGAAGAUGCAGGAACCCCGCGCUACAUCCAGCUUAUCCCCAGUACAAUCUAAAGAUUGUUUGGCAUCUCUAAUGCUGGCUGCAAGCUGUUUGUGGGAUAGGGUUGAUAAUAUCUUACCCUACCUGCCCCUUGUUGAUGACCCCACGCUACACACGGCCCGGAUAGAGAUAAUACCAUACUAG